AUGGGCAGCAUCUCCAUCAGAAAACACAUUCGCUGGCCCCCAGCACCAGCAGCAGAGCCCACGUCCACCAUCGUCGUCACCUCGCCAGGCCGGCGGUUCGUGGACUUGCGCGUGCUGCUCCCGCUCCCCUCCGACCAUGAGAAAGGAGGGGUCAGCCGCGUGCCCGUCUGCAGUGUCGAAUGGGCCAUCGCCGGGAGCUCGGAGUCUUGGAUCCGCAAAGGCGCCGACGGCGAGGACAUAUCCCACUCCAAAUGGACGCACUGGAUCGACUCGCGCACGAUGCUCAAUCCUGAGGACUCGGUCGCGGACGAGGGCGACAUGUUUCCGCAGCCGGACGGGACGACGCUGGAAAAGGGUCGCAUGUUGAACCCGGACUUGGGCGUCGAGGCCGAUUAUGAGGAGCUUUGGGAUGAUGGGAAACCUAUCCCCGGGAUCCUUGGUGAAGACGGACAGGCCAGGCCGUUGGCAGGCGGCGUUGCUCGGUGCAUCGUGAUGCAGAUGGAAGAUCAGAGUCUUCGAGCUCGUGGCAGAAUUGUGCUUCUUGGACAGUACUGUCAGGGCCUGGUCAGGAUAGGGGACGAGAUUGCUGCGCAAAGAUGGGAAUGGCAACUUGGCCGCGGGUGGGCAAUGACCAUAAAGAUAGGGGAACUAGCUCUGCCUUGCCUCGAAGUCAUCCGCCAGGCAACAAAAACAGAGGCUGAUAAGGAACUCAAGUGUGGGGAGCAGUCGUGGAAAUUGCACGAAUCCGUACCUUGA